CAAGAAUGCAUUAAUUAACUGUCUCUCUCCAACCCCCAUCAUGUCCAACGGCCCGCGGCCAUCCCAGCUCUGCCUGCUUUCAGCGCUGCCGACGAAGCAGGUCGGCGACAAAGUCAGAUUCUUGGGAUGUGUAAGCUCCUACACGCCUGCAUCUGGUGUGCUGGCUUUGGAGCAUCGCCUUCCGGAGGAAUCCUGCUCCGUCCUCGCCUUGGUGGACGUCAAUCUCGUCCUCGAAAGCCUAAGCGCGGAUCAGACACGCGUUGGAGAGUGGAUCAAUGUCAUCGGAUACAUCACUGAUGUCGCUCCCUCAGCCGACGGCAAAAAACCGCACUCCCAAGCCCCAAGGGUGCAUGCUCAAGCAGUCCUUCUCUGGUCGGCUGGGCCGGUCGAUGUGCGGAGAUACGAGGCGUCCGUCAGGGGUCUCAAUGCUAUUAUGUGCUCAGACAGCUGUCACAGGGCGUCCUAAAGCACCGUUCAACUUGCCGAGGCGCCAUCUUUCGCUUGAUGCAGCAUCGCGGGAAUUGCUGCCUAUCGUUCCGAGGAGAAAGCAGAUAGAAGGUCGGAACGGCCGCUGAAGAUGCCCUCCCCGUUUCCCGGCCAUGCUUGCUUCGGAUCGCUACCCUCAUCAUCUCUCCGGGGCGCCAGAUACGGGCUCGUGCUU